AUGCUGAUAAAGGAGUAUCGGAUCUGCAUGCCACUCACCACUGAAGAGUACCGCGUUGGACAGCUCUACAUGAUCAGUAAGCACAGUCACCAGGAGAGCGAAAAAGGCGAGGGUGUGGAAGUGGUGAAAAAUGAGCCGCAUGAAGACCCUGUCCACGGGCCCGGCCAGUUCACCGAGAAACGUGUGCACCUGUCCAGCAAGCUGCCCAGCUGGGCCCGCGCGGUGACCCCCCGGAUAUUCUACAUCACAGAGAAGGCCUGGAACUAUUACCCCUACACCAUUACGGAGUACACGUGCUCCUUCCUGCCAAAGUUCUCCAUUUACAUUGAGACCAAGUACGAGGAUAACUGUGGAGACAACGCGAAUAUCUUCCUCAGUGACAAAAUCCUGGGCGAUCAUGAGGUCACGUUUCUGGACAUCGCCUUUGACGAGAUUCCUGAGCGCUAUUACCAGAGCCCAGAGGACCCACGGUACUUCAGCUCGGUGAAGACGGGCCGGGGGCCCCUGAGAGAAGGCUGGCAGGAGCACACCAAGCCCAUCAUGUGCUCCUACAAACUGGUCACAGUUAAGUUCGAGGUGUGGGGGCUGCAGACACGAGUGGAGCAGUUUGUCCACAAGGUGAUCCGGGACAUCCUGUUGAUAGGACACCGGCAGGCCUUCGCCUGGAUAGACGAGUGGUGCGAGAUGACGAUGGACGAUGUGCGCCAGUAUGAGAGGGAAACUCAGGAAGCCACCAACGAGAUCAUCGGCAGGGUAACGCCCUCCAUUUCCAUCAGCGAGGUGGGGCAGCCCUCAGCCACUCACAGCGCCCCUGCCAGUGCCCCCUCCACGCCACUGAGCGGCGACCCCCCAGAAUUCCUCAGCGCACCCAAGGACAGGGCCCGGAAGAAAUCCGCUCCGGAAAUGCUGACGCUGCCAGCACUGAGGGAGCGCGCCAAUGCUGAGUAA